AUGCCUGUCGAACAGAGUCGAACCGACCUCUUUAAGCAGUGGCUUGAGUACACAGGAAAGGAUGUGGAAUAUUACUCUAUCGAUGAAAACCGUGCUGAUAUGUCAAGGAAGCUUAGUCAAAAGGAGGAAUUCUUCACAAUUGAUACACAGCGAGCACCGGAAGUUAAUGAGUCUAUUCGCAACGCUCGAUUUGCUGCAAAGCCGCUCAGCGCAGUAGAUUUAUCAAGGCUCAAUCACAGUGAUGAUACUGUUGACUUCAACCUCACAAAACCUCACGCUUAUACCGAUAGCGAGCAUGAAGAUAACCUUAACGAAUUCUCUGAUCUAGAUGAAGUGGCGAUGCCCUCAUCGCCGCCGUGCCUGCCUGACUACAAGUCACUUCCUGAAUCACUUUCUGAGUCACCCCUGCCCUACUCAACGCCGUGCCCGACUCAACACUAA